UGCUUAAUGACGUUUACCUACUAAACAGGACGACAUACUUACACACCGGUAAAGUAAUCAAAAAUGGAGGUUUUAAAAACGAGGUUAGCUUUUCUGGAUGAAUUCGGUGACUUGACUGAACUUGCUCCUGGCUCCACCCUCCGUUAGUCAGCCAGUCUACUACGUGUUAAGACUGGAGCCUUUAACUUUACAAGCAUCUCGGGGAGACGAGGGAGCAAAAAAAGGACUUUCCCCGGCUCUUCUGUGGAUGAAGAAAGCAGCAACACAGCAGAAUCAAUUUUGAACACUUCCAACAUCUUUUCUUGAAAAACAACCUCCUCCAAGGAUUGACUUUCUCUGCAUUUUCCGACUUGGAUUAAGUUCUGCAUGGAAACAAAUGAUAUCUGAACCCGCACCGAGGAGCGGAGAGAGGAGGUGGGUGUAUGAGAGGAGAUCCAAGCCUCUGGGAUUCUGUUCUUGUUGAUUCCCGUACUAAACCGGGCUGGUGCUUUGACAGAAGUGGGAAUUAACCAGCUCGAUCCACAUCUUAUUUGAGUUCCACAAAGAUUUUAAUGGUGUAGUCAGUGGAGGCGUACAAGUUGUUGGGGUAACACCUAAAAACUACGGGUCCCGACACAGUAAAACUAAAGAUCCGAGCGGUACUAGUCCUGAGAUCAUGGCUUUAAAGGCUAAAGUUCUGUAUGACUUCAACUCUGAAAACCCAGGGGAGAUCUCCAUAGCGGAGAACGAGCUGGUGACUCUGUUCACAGAGGAGGAGCUGGAGGGCUGGCUGGAGGGGGAGAACAGCAGGGGGGAGAUCGGACUCUUCCCUGCCUCAUAUGUGGAGAUCGUCAAGGACCACAUUACCUCCAACACCAACAACAACGGCGUCUCCUCUCCCAAAUCCAAAGCCCAGACGCCAACCCACACCUCCUACCCUUCCCCUGACACCCAUUCUCAGAGAGGACCUGGGGCUGGGAGUGGUGGCAGUGGAGGUGGCAGCUUCCACACCAGUCAUGGGAGUGAUGAUGACUGGGAUGACGACUGGGACGACAGCUCACCUGCCACAGCUGCCCCUCAGGGUUUUGGCACCUCGCCCCCCUUGUACCCAGUGACCUCCUCCUUGCCUGGGCGGCUUGAGAGCAGCCAGCAGCAUCAUGCAAAGAGCUCUGGUACAGUGGGGAGGAACCUCAACAGGUUCUCUACCUUUGUCAAGUCUGGUGGGGAGGCUUUCCUGCUUGGGGAGGCUGCUGCUUUUGUGAAGGACGGGGACAAGAUCUGUGUGGUGAUGGGGAAACAUGGGCCGGAGUGGCAGGAGGAUCCGUAUCCAUUCAACUGCACCAUCGACGACCCAACCAAGCAAACCAAGUUCAAAGGCAUGAAGAGCUACAUGUCCUACGGCCUGACCCCAACACACACCAAUAUACAAGUCAACCGCAGGUAUAAACAUUUUGACUGGCUGUACGCUCGCCUUGUGGAGCGUUUCCCAGUCAUCUCGGUGCCUCACCUGCCAGAGAAGCAGGCCACCGGACGCUUUGAGGAGGACUUCAUUUCGAAGCGGAGAAAGGGACUGAUCUGGUGGAUGAACCACAUGAUCAGCCACCCGGUGCUGGCUCAUUGUGACGUUUUCCAGCAUUUCUUAACCUGCGGGGCAGAUGAGAAGGCCUGGAAACUGGGCAAGAGGAAGGCGGAGAGGGACGAGCUGGUCGGGGCAAAUUUCUUCCUUACAAUCAGCACACCCUCUGUCCUGCUUGACCCCCAUGAAGUUGAGAGCAAGAUUGAAGGCUUCAAGACCUUCACCAAGGUAAUGGACGAGAACUGCAUCAUCGUGAAUGCAAACAUCAACGAAUUCGCUCGCAAACAAGCAGUGGGGUUCAAGAAGGAGUACCAGAAGGUCGGACAGUCCUUUAAAAUCCUGGCGCAGGCAUUUGAGCUUGACCAGCAGGCCUUCUCAGUGGGCUUGAACAAAGCUAUCUCAGACACUGGCGAGGCCUACGAGGCUAUAGGAGAGUAUUUUGCUGAGCAGCCACGCCAGGACCUGGAUCCUAUUUCUGACCUGCUGGACAUCUACAAAGGACACCUGGCCAAUUUUCCUGACAUCAUCCAUGUGCAGAAAGGUGCACUGACAAAGGUGAAGGACUGUCCAAAGCAGGAAGGUGAGCUCCACAACCGCUGCAACAUCAUUUCCUGCGCCACACUGGCAGAAAUCCAACACUUCCACCGCACACGUGUACGGGACUUCCGCUUGCAAAUGCAGCACCACCUCCGUCAGCAGAUCAGCUUCUUCCAGAAAAUCACCGCCAAGCUGGAGGAUACACUUCAGAGGUAUGAUGAUGACCAGUACUGAGAGAAAGAGAGAGAGAGAGAGAGAGGGAAAACAGAAAAGUCAGACUACAAAACCUUGAGGGAACAGAGGAGAUGAUUUAAGAUGGAGCAGGGAUCAGGAUUGAUGACUGUAUUCUCUAGUAGAACACGCCCUGUCCUUGAAGAGGGAGAACCACUUCAUCUGAUGGAUCCUGGUCCUGGGACAAGUGUACAAAGAAAAAUACCACUCUUGAAAUAUAGAGACCACUUGACUUGGAAUGACAUCUUCUUGGAUUAUCUGGACAGCUCUGAUGAAUGUACCAGUAAUGGGGAUUUUGCUGACGCUCAAGAUAUCUUGAAACUCAGCAGGAUUUGCCCUGAUAUCAAAAACAGCUGCUCUCAGUAAGACAAGACUGCAUCUUGAAUCCCAUAUAUAGGGUUCCCUUAUCUCUCCAUGCCUUUACUGCCUGAACACUUCAUGAAAACCCGUCAUCUGGGUACCUGGUUCUUAACAGAGUGAUGACGCUCCAAAAUCACUUCAACUGAAUCUCUUAACGUUUGUCAGACAGAACUUAAUGAUUUUUAUCUCAGUAUGUGUCUGUUUUUUACUUGAAUGACCUGUUCAGUAUUGAUUUAAUGGGAUAUAAUAGCAUGCAAGUAUUUUUCAUAUGGAACAGACAAAGUGGGCACACUGUUGAAUCACUUUUGCAGUGUGGCUCGUUACAGCUUGAAAAAUAGCCUACUUCUCAUACCUUCCACUGGUAUCGGGUUUGUUUUGGUUGCCUUACUGAAAAUGAAACAAUUAUAUGUUCUGGUUAUUCUGUCUGAUUGUAUGUUCAGAGCUGCAGCACUGCAGUUGUUUUUCUUAAGGUAACUUUUGGGUUAACUCUUUGAUUGACAUCUGAGGUCCUAACCAGCGUUUCUGCUUUUCCUCAAACUGAGGGGGUCAGAGAUGGUGCUGAGGUCAGAGACACUUGGACAUGAUAGAUGCCUCCAGACAUAAGAGCUCUGAACCCUGCUCUAAACAUUUAAACCCACUCACCUGUAGCUUUUCCAAGUAACAAAAUGCAUUUCACUCACAAUGUAGUAAAAAACACAAGGUCAGACGAUCUUUGAGAAAAAAUGUGGCUAUGUGUUUCACCCAAGCGCAACCUCUGGCCGCGAGAAUUGAAGCCAAUGCGGAAGUGUUAAAAACUGCAGUUUUUCAAGUGUCCGCUUGAGGCUGCCUCCAGAAGUACUGGACACCACAUACACACCAAUUGAAAAAAGCCGAUCUUUACAGCAGAAAUAAACAUGUUUACAGCCUGGUACAAAAAAGUAGUGAAUUCUGAAUAGCUCAUUUCUCAGUCGGCACACACUGUACAGAGGGGUGAAGCUGGCGCACAGCUGACUUGAUUGACAGGCGGGAACACUGUAGCUGUUGGCUAGGAGGCUUAAAGCCCGCCUCUUUACCUCACACUAGCUUGACAGAAGUUAGGUUGAGUUCAGCAUUUCCAAUAUGGCUCUCGUGGACGAUCGGCUUCAAAACAGAGCUUCAGAAACAGAUGGGUGACGUCACGGAUACUACGUCCAUUAAUCAUACAGUCUUUGGUUUCAACCAGUUCCUAAGUGUCUUUUAGGUAGCCUGACAGUACUGCAGUUUUGCUUCCUACCACCUGACAGCGCCAGAAUAAGAGCUUAAACAUUUUAAAUAGUAGCUUUAAAGGGGGUUGCAGGCAUGCUACUCUAAAUAAGUAGGCGUACUGACUUAUUCUAGUUACUGAAGGAGCACAGGAAUUAGCCCACAGAGCUGUUUGUUGUAAGUAUUGUGACGCUGGGCUACAAAAAAAACAUCUCAAUAAAGAUCAAAUCCUGCAGAGACUGUGAACACACAACAUCUUGCAAUAAUUGAAUGAGCAUGAUUCAAAAACAACUCCUGAGUUUAAUUAGCAGUUGCCUCCAUAGAGAGCAUGUAUCCAACGUAAUUGGAGGUUUAAAUGUAACAAACAUGUUCCCAAAACUUAGACAAGAUGUACCAUGUGGUGGAUGAUCUAUUGAAUGCACAAAAAAUGGUUUACUGUAACUAAUGAUGUCAGUUUUAUGCUCACAUAGAGUUUCUUCUGGUGAUGUCAGGGUUUCAUAAGGUUUGUAUUAGGAUAAACCACCAGCCAGGUUGUUAACAGUGUGCUACAGCAACAUGUUAUUUACUCAGAUGAAACUGCUUAACACUUUUUGUGUAAAAACAACUGAACAGAGUUUCAAUAAAUCAAAGAAAGUAUAAAUCUGUAUUACAUGUGUAACUUCACCCAUUCUUUCUCUAACCCAUGUCUUAAAAAUAUCAGUUGUAUUCUGAGGAAACAUUUUGAAUUCUAUUGCUUUUUGAGAAUGAAUAUGACAUAGAAAACGGAGUAUCUGCUUCUUUGAAUACACUGCAUCACCUUUGCUUUUAUCAAAACCUGACCUGUAUACUGACCUCAAGUCAAAGCAGGCCACUGCAUAAAUACAAAGCACCUUUCUGCAGAUUUUUCUGCCUUAAACCUUUAAAACUGUUUUUUUCGAACACCAAAUAUGCAUCAUGCAUUUAAAGAAUGUCAACGUAUAUGUUUAAAUUACCCUCACAAGACACCUAUUCCAUUUUAAAUGCACUAAACUGUGUUUUCUGUGUGUUUUCAGUCUAAGCUUCACCCAAAGAGAGGCGUGUUAUCGCUUGUUUUUCCUGAGGAGGCAGCAUCAGUCCAGACCCUGUUAUCUGACACCAGAGAUCACAGACUGUAGGUCAGGUUACCAUAGUUGCAGGCUCUUUAUUAUUUAGACCAGCCUCAGUCUUCUCUACUCACUGCUUUCAUUUCCCUUUUUAUUGGACUCAGUUAAUAAUUACAAAUGGCGAUGCACAGUGAUUCUAAAUGAGCCAAUAUUCUCAAGUUCAUAAUUAUAGAGUGUGAGUAAGAUAAGAUAAGGUGCAUGUUGUGUAAACUGUAGUGUAGUAAUAUGAAAUGUAUUAAUACACUGAGCAUCUGAUAAAAAGUAUCUUCAUGACAGGGUUUCCAAACAGCUUAGAUGAUGCAUCAAAAGAAUUGAAUUAGGCAUACCGUCACUGUCAGGCUAAAACCCUGUAUAUCCAAUACCCCUACUUUGCAGGAAGUGUCUUUCACAUAACUAAACACUGCAUGAGAAUCAAACAAGCUUAUUCAAAUAUAUGUCUUCAUUAAAAUUGUAGAUAGCCUAACAAUCAAUCAAUCUUUAUUUGUAUAGCGCCAAAUCACAACAAACAUUAUCUCAAGACGCUUUUACAAACAGAGCAGGUCUAGACCACUCUAUGUCAAAUUAUGAACAGAGACCCAACACCAAGACAGGAUAAGACUCAGUCUGACCCCACCUUAAUCCAUCAUGAGCAUUGCACCUCACAGUAUUUAGCUAGUUACAGUGGAGAGGACAAACUUCCUUUAACAGGCAGAAACCUCGAGCAGAACCAGACUCAUGUUAGACACACAUCUGCUGAGACUGAGUUGGGUCUGGAAAGAGGGAUAGAGGGGAGUAAGAGAGAGAAGUGAUAGUGAUGAGACGAGUAGUAGAAGCUGUUGCCGCUGGAGUCCAGCACGUCCGUAUCAGCUGGAGUCCAGAUCGUCCACAGCAGGAGGACGUCUACGGCAGCUCAGAGGAAUCACAGGAAUAACAGAAAGGUAGAUGAGUAGCAUUGACCAAUGCAAAAAUAGAAAUACCAGGUUUCUGUCUGACAGCAACGAUAUGCUUCAAACGUUGUGGGGGCAUAAACUGUGUAGGGUGAAGCACAACUUAAACAGAAUGUCGAGCUGAUCCUUAGAAAUCGAACACUUUCGUACCUUCUUCAACCAUCUGCACAAGCGUCUUUCUUUUCCUCUGAUCAUUGAAUGACAAAUCUGCUCGCUGUUCUAUAAAACCUACAUGGAGUUUAUGAUCAUUGUAAACACUGUUCAUUUAAUGUCUGUUUAAUGUGUCCAAGUCCAAAUUUUACAUGUGCCAAAAAACAGCCUAUUGGUGUUGAUCAUUAACAGAAUAAAUAGAGCUUAAAGGAUCAUUAAGAGAAGUCAUUUUUAAAUUUAUUUUAUUAAAAAUAAAACUCAAAACGUGUAUAAGCGGCAUACAAAGGGUUAAAUUGACAACCAGUCAAGAACUGAGUAAGCUCUGUACACUCUCUGUAUCUCAACAGAUGUUUAUACUGCAUGGACCAUCAGAAACAGAUCAGAAACACAGCAGCUCACUGCUAUAAAACUUGUUUGCAUGUACUGACUUGAAAGCCUACAGUACCUUAUGUCACACACAGUCACUUUAAUCUACCAGCUAAGCUAAAUUGCAUUCAAGUAGUAACAUGUCCUCCUUAUAACACUGUCAUUGAGAGCUAUCAGUUAUUACUAGUACUUUACAAAAUGGACAUGACCUUAAUUAAGAAACAUUGAAAUGAUAACACCGAUGUCUACGUCUCACUUCCUUGUGUAGCGGUAGAUCUAAAGGUGUAAUACAUUUAAAUCACAACUAUAGAGGGUAGAAAAUAGUGUUUAACAUUUUGCAUAUUUACACAUGUUAACAUGUCUUGAGCGAUUGUUGAGUGUCCUCAUGUCACAAACUUUCAGAUGUUUUUUGCACCAAACAAAAAAGUGUUAUGAAGGAACAAUCUGCUGCCUCUGUGCUGUUACAAUAAAUACUUUGACUCUAAA